AUCACACUGGAAGGAUGGGUAGAUAUCAUGUACUAUGUCAUGGACGCUCACUCCUUCUACAAUUUUGUAUAUUUUAUACUGCUCAUUAUCGUGGGCUCUUUCUUCAUGAUCAACUUGUGCCUCGUGGUCAUCGCCACCCAGUUCUCGGAGACGAAGCAGAGGGAGAACGCCCUGAUGAGGGAACAGCGUGCUCGCUACAUGUCCAACGACUCCACGCUCGCCAGCUACAGCGAACCCGGCUCGUGCUACGAGGAGAUGCUACGCUACAUCAGCCACCUUUAUCGCAAGUUCUCACGCAGGCUGCAGAGGAUAUACUCCGGGUGGCACAGUAAAAGGCGUAAAAAGGUGAACCCUAACGGCGGCGGUGCGGGCAGUAACGGGGGGGGGAACGGACACGGCCACGGCUCCAGCAGAGGGGGCGGGGGUCCGGGGAACGCUCUGUGGCUCAGACCCAUCCACAACCUCCUGCAGCACCAUCAGCACCAGCACUGUCGCCUCAGCAACGGGGGGCAGCACACCACCAUCACCGUGGCGACCCUCGAGCACACGGACGGAGAAGGAGGGGAGGAGCUUGAGAUGAAGUCGCUUCCUGUGCGGAGAGGAAGUACAAACGGGAAUAGCAGCGGGGGGCCGUCGGUCAUCACGCAGGGGAUGGGGGCGUUGCUGGGGCGACUGAACGGGGGCAUGAACUACCCCACCAUCCUGCCCUCGUUUGUGUGCAGCUACAGCAGCAAGACCCCGCCCCCCCACUCCCAGCACCGGGGCCACAGCCCGGAGCAUCACCCCCAAAACCACCCGGCGUCUGAACACACAGAGACACUGAACAAGCUCUACCAGCUCAUGGGACAGCACAGUCGCCAGCGGCUGCUGUACCAGCUGGCAGGCGUGGUGCCCAGCCCUCUGCUGCUGGAGCUGCUCAGCUGCCCUCAGUGCGCCCGCAGCCUGGAGACCCUGGAGCUGGAGCUGGGAGACCUGGAGGGAGGCAGGGGGGAGCCGGACGGACUGCACGACUUCCCCCAGGUCAGACUGUGCGGGGGUGCACUGACGAUGAUGGGGGAGAAUCUUGAGAAGCGGUCGAGGUCGGAGCAGACGGCGAGGGGUCAGGAGUAUAAAAACGGAGUGGUCGGGGCCGGUGGUCGGCUUCAGGGAACAAACUGA